AUGUCUUCCGUAACAGACUAUCUGCCCUACAUCGUAGCGCUUGCGGCGAUAGCCAUUGGCUUUGCUGUCUAUAGCACCACUGGUGGCGGAUCCCGUAAAGUGCUGAAGCCCACCGAGUUCCAGGAGUUCAAGCUUGCAGAGAAGACGGUUCUCUCGCACAACACCGCCGUCUACCGAUUCAAGCUUCCCCGCGAGAGCGAUAUUCUCGGUCUCCCCAUCGGCCAGCACAUCUCCCUUGCCGCCACCAUCGCUGGCCAGCCCAAAGAAGUCGUUCGCUCAUACACCCCGACAUCCUCCGAUCACGAUAAGGGUCACUUUGAUCUCCUCAUCAAGGCAUAUCCCACUGGAAACAUCUCCAAGCAUGUCGCCAACCUCAAUAUUGGCGAUGUGAUGAAGGUCAAGGGCCCCAAGGGCGCCAUGGUAUACACACCCAACAUGGUUAGACAUUUUGGUAUGAUUGCUGGAGGAACCGGAAUCACACCCAUGCUUCAGGUCGUCAAAGCUAUCAUUCGCGGUCGCGCGGCUGGCGACAGGACAGAGGUCGACCUCCUCUUUGCGAACGUCAACCCUGAGGAUAUCCUGCUCAAGGACGACCUUGACGCACUGGCGGCUAAGGAUCCUAAGUUCAGGGUGCACUACGUUCUCAACAACCCGCCCGAGGGCUGGACCGGUGGUGUUGGUUUUGUCACUGAGGAUAUGAUUUCGCAGAAGCUCCCUGCUCCUGCUAGCGAUGUCAAGGUUUUGAUCUGCGGCCCACCACCUAUGGUUUCUGCGAUGAAGAAGGCGACAGAGAGCCUGGGUUUCGCAAAGGCGAGGGCCGUCAGCAAGCUUGAGGACCAAGUCUUCUGCUUCUGA